UGAGAGUGACUUGGUAUAAAUACCAUCAGCCCAGUGCCUUGGGAAGCAGCAGCUGCCGCUCAGACAGUCAGACUUCACAACUAAGGAUAUACGAGCGCCAGGACAGCAGCCUCCCAACUCCCCCACUGUUUCUCUGGAGGAGUAAACCUUCACGGUUUACCUUCACAAGAUGGACUUGAGGGUAACAAGCCUUCUCUUCGUCCUCAUAGCUCUGGCAGAGGCAACACCUGAGAGAUACUACCAUGUGCCAAAAGUGGCCAAGACUCCAUACCCCGUAAAAAGUCACACUGUUGCAGGUGAACAAGGUCCCCCAGGCCCUCCAGGUGAGCCAGGACCAAUGGGUCCACCCGGAGCUCCAGGAAAAAGUGGUGUAGGACAUACUGGACCACAGGGCCCACCAGGACCUCCUGGACCCCCUGGCUACACUCAAGCUGGUAAACCUGGUGCCCCUGGUGCCCCUGGAAAACCAGGUGCUAAUGGCCUGCCUGGUGAGAGAGGGGCACCUGGCCCAAGUGGAGCAAUGGGUCCCAGAGGUGCACCUGGUACACCUGGAAUCCCCGGACCCGCUGGGCUGUCUUCUGUUGGAAAACCUGGACCAUCUGGCAUCCCUGGGGCAAUGGGCCCAAGAGGAGAGCCUGGUCUGAAGGGACAUCCUGGUAUUCCUGGCCUUCCUGGUGCCAAAGGAGAGAGAGGCAUUGGAGUUCCUGGAGUUCAAGGACCACCAGGCGCAGUUGGACCAAUGGGCCCAUCUGGCAUGCCUGGCAAACCUGGAGUUGGUAAACCUGGAACCCCAGGCUAUCCUGGAGAACCCGGAAAAUCUGGUGCGCCAGGAAGAGAUGGUUCUCCUGGCCCAAUGGGAAUUCCAGGACCGAAGGGUCACACUGGGGCUCCAGGCACAGGAGCACCAGGAAAACCAGGUCAGAAUGGUACCCCAGGUCUGCCUGGACCUAUGGGGGCUAAGGGUCCACAGGGUCCUGCUGGUCAGCCAGGCUCCCCUGGUAUGCCAGGUGUUGGCAAAACAGGUGAACCUGGAAUACCAGGUAGCAGAGGAGCUCCUGGUACUCCAGGAACCACCGGUCAGAAAGGAGAGCCAGGCCCGACGGGAUACACUGGCCAGCCAGGUGCUCCUGGUCCUAUUGGUCCAGCUGGUCCACAGGGAGCAAGAGGAUUUCAAGGUGAAGGAGGCCCAGUGGGACCGAAAGGCGACAUUGGAAUGGUAGGUGCACCUGGCCCAAGAGGAACCAAAGGUGAUCAAGGAGCUCAGGGUUUCACUGGAAAACCAGGUACCCCUGGAGCAGUAGGUCCUCCAGGACUUCCAGGUCAUAACGGUGCUCAGGGUCCAAAGGGUGUUCAAGGUCACCCUGGUACCCCGGGACUCCCAGGUGCAAAUGGUGCCCAAGGACUAAAGGGUCAUACUGGCCCUCCAGGAGCCCCGGGUAAAAGUGGUGAGAGUGGAAGACCAGGACCAAUGGGACCCGUUGGCCCCCCUGGUCCAGCAGGUCCUCAGGGACUCAAAGGCCAUCCAGGUCAUCCAGGCCCCCCUGGCCCAGCUGGCCUAACAGCAAAGGGAAUUUCUGGCCCCCAGGGUCCCCCAGGAAUUCCAGGUGCCAGAGGUCAUGAUGGUCUCCCAGGCCCUGCUGGUCCUCCAGGUCCACCAGGCCCACCAGGAGAGGUGAUCUACCACCAUGAGAAGAGCAUGCCAAUUAAGUCCCAUGAAGUUGUGAUGCCUCAUGAGAUGAUAAAGGCUCCUAUGUCCGCAUUUAGUGCUGUGCUGACCACUGCCUACCCCCCAGCUGCAAUCCCUAUUCAGUUCAACCAGGUUCUGUACAAUGGUGAGAAUCAUUAUGAUCCCCACAGUGGUGUAUUUACCUGCCAGAUCCCAGGUCUCUACUAUUUCAGCUAUCAUAUGCAUGUCAAUGGUGCCAAUGCUUUGGUGGCUCUCUACAAAAAUGAGGAGCCACUUGUUUUCACCUAUGAUGAGUACAACAAGGGAUUUCUGGAUCAGAUGUCAGGCAGUGCUGUCCUUAUGCUGCAUGCAGGUGACAGAGUGUUUGUCCAGGUCCCCGAUGAGGAGAGUAACGGUAUUUUUGCUGCAGAUAAUGUUCACUGCUCCUUCUCUGGGUUCUUGAUUGCCUCAACGUGAUUUCAUAAAUCCAAAUAAACCUCAAAAUCUUAUGAAACAUUGAAUUACUCAGAGAAAUAGAUCAGUUUACAGAAGUCAAAAUUGAGAUUGUAGAUUAAAGAAAUAUAUAAUAAAAUGGUUGUAUGUUUCACAAGAUUAACUGCUCAAUCAACUCCUCAACAUUCUUCAACGUUGAGGAGUUCAGCAGAGAGAAAGAUCUUAAUGUUUGAUUAAAGUUUUAUAGUUCAAAUUGACCCCUUUCCCUAAUUCACCAUGUGUGUCGCUUUGUAGUUUUAAGAGGCGUGAAACAAUAUUGGAAGAUAUCUUAAGUGGUGCUCUACAGCUACCUGUAACAUUUACAGCAUGUCUUUUAUUUGUGUUUGUUUUAUCAGUGUCUGUUGUUUAAGAAUUUUCCUGUAAUAUACAUACACAAGACACACAAAACUGUUGUACUAUAUGUUAUUAGAGAUCAGCAGAUUCUCACAAGCACUGUGACCAGCAAAACAACAUAGAAUGAGAAAUUCAAACUGCAUUUUUUUUUUUUUUUGUUCAAACAACUAUGUCCCAUUGGAUGUGUUAAGUUAUGUACCACUUACUGACCAAAACACAGAAUAAAAAUUCUUCUUUGAAAAGAAAAA